ACAGAGUACACGGUGUGAACUUUUUAGUUGAAAAAUGGCGUCUUCUCCAAGUACUUCUUCUGCAAGAAUUGAUGAACUAGAGGACCUCGAGAAUAUUGAAGAUGAGACCAUAACCGAAAGAUUAAUUGGUCUAACAGAAAUGUUUCCGGAAAGCUUCCGAAGUGUGGUAUGUUCUACAGCAGAUCUGGCCGUCAAAGGCUUCAAUAAGUUAUACAGCUUUGGAAGCAGUAGCUUAUGGAUAGCUACGACAUCAUUUACUGUGUUGGCGUUGCCAUUGAUCUUUGAAGUGGAACGUGCACAAGCAGAAGAAGCAGAGAAACAGCAACAGAGACAAAUCCUCUUGGGACCUGGUGCAACCACAAAUGCAAGGAUGGGACCUCCAGGAAUGUUGAUGAGAUAAAGAUAUUCAUGAAUGUAAUGAAAAGCAAACAUUUGGCAAGGGUAUGUGGCUAUAGUUGAGCUAAAAAUAUGUACCUUAAGAUAAAAUUCAUUUAAUUUAUAUUUUAUAAAACUAGUCCUUUAUAAUGUUUUUUUACAGAGAUGUUGUAAAGUUGAUUUAAAUGUUAGUAUACACAUGUCCAAAGGUACUUGAAAUUGAAUAGCUAUUCUGCCAAAAUUAAACUGAAACAAAAUUCUUGAUAUUUAAAA